AUGCUGCAGCGCAUCUGGGACGACUAUGUGUUCCCUGACUGGGACAGGGUGAUUGCCGAGCCCCGAACACGAGAGCUCUGGUGGCGCGGUAUCACGCCUCGGUCUCGCGGGGCGGUGUGGCAGCGAGCCAUUGGCAACGAGCUGGCCCUGACAGAGGAGUCGUUUGUCAAGGCGCUGGAGCGGGCCGAGCAGCUCAGGAGCAAGACGGGCGACGGGUACAAGUGGGCGCAUGAGCGGUUUGCAGCCAUCCGCAAGGAUGCAGCUAGUGCCUUUCCUGCGCUGAAUGUGUUUGCAGAAGGCGGACCGCUACAUGAUAGUCUGGUGCAGGUGCUGGAUGCGUAUGCCAUGUACCGCAGCGACGUAGGCUACAUCCACGGCAUUCACACCAUUGCUGCUGUUCUACUACUGCAACUGCACACGGCCUCUGCAGCCUUCCUGACUCUGGCCAACGCCCUUAACCGACCGGUAGCCCUGGCCUUCCUGACAUCUGACCCCGGAGCCACCGCCCGAGCAUACAGUCUGGCCUCUGCAACGCUGCGUCUCAAGUUCCCGCGCCUGUCGACGCAUCUAUGCGAGAACCUGUGCCUGUCCGACUCGCAGAUCUGGGAGCCCAUGUUCCGCUCGCUGUUCACGAACGGGCUGGACGUCGACCAUGUCUCGCGCAUUUGGGACUGCUGGGUGUUUGAAGGCGACCGCAUCCUGUUCCGGGCGGGCGUGGCGGUGCUGGGAUGCCUGGAGACGCAGCUGCUGGGCCUGGUGCCGGGCGAGGAGGGCCAGCGGGGGGCCACCGACGUGCUGGGCUGGGGCUCGAAGCGGCUAUCAAGAAGAGGCCGGAGCCGCUUGUCAGGGAGGCAGGAAGGUGAUCUCUCUUCUCCUCUUCUCCUCUUCUUCUCUUCUUCAUCUUCGUCUACUACUUCUUCAUCUUUCGUUUUGUCAUCCUGUACAUCAGCUAGUCUAAUAUUAAUCUGCAAUAAUCAAUGCUUAAUAAAUCUUUCUUCCAUAAAUGUCUGUCUCUUAUAUCUGAUAUCUGAUAUCACCCCCCUGUCCGUCCAUCCCGGAAUCGUCGCGGAAAAACAAAGAUCCGGCCGCGUCGCUCUGGCUGCCUUCGAAGCUUCCAGCAUCAAAGUCGAAGGUCGACGAGCAGUUCAGCAACUUUCAGCACCGCCGGCUAUCCAGCGUCACUUUCCAGGGUGUGAUAGACGAGUUCUUCUUCUUCUGCUUGCUUGCUUGCUGCUGUUCUUGCCUGUCUGUCUUUGUCUAGUUGUUCUGUUUGUCAGCUCCGGCGAGCUUGGAGACGGCGAGACUGACGGCGAGCAGAUGGCAUACAUGUCGACAUGGAGCAUCUCAAGAAGGGAGAAGUCAAGUAAGUCGAGAUAUCCCUUUGGAAGUGAAUUGUGA